GACACACUGCUGAUAAAUUUCUCCUAGAGAUCACACUGCGCAAUGGAUAUUUAUUUCCCCUCCGGCUUUCCAGUGUGUAGAGGAAUAACAGGGCUGUCAAACAAUUGCCUAGAAAGGGCCAAAAGAUUAAAAGCAUGCGUGGGUGGAUUUCUGCAGAGACAAGACUUGAGCAGCCUAUGUAAAUAUAGAAAACCAAGGUUGACCUUGGAGGAAUGUCUGAUGUGGAAAGAGUCUUUUGAGAAGCUCCUGUCCAGCAAACAUGGACUGUAUGCCUUCCGAGCUUUCCUCGUAUCUGAAUUUAGCGAAGAAAACAUUGCUUUCUACCUGGCUUGUGAGGACUACAAAAGCACAAAGUCUGCCUCUAAGAUGCCAUCCAAAGCUAAGAGGAUCUACGAGGAGUUUAUUGGAAGCGAAGCUCCUAGAGAGGUUAACAUCGACUAUGAGACUCGAGACAUCACUCAAGCCAACUUGAAAAGCCCUACGGCAUCCUGCUUCGAUAUGGCCCAGUACCGCAUCUACAUUCUCAUGGAAAAAGACUGUUACCCACGAUUCCUGCGCUCCGCUGCCUACCGAAAUCUAGUCAACCAGCUCACACUGAAGAGUGCUAGGCAAGAGGCAAGAAGCAAAAAGGCCAUUGCUGCCAGACCGCCGCUUGAAGACGAAAAGCCAAAAUGAAAGGCGUAGGUGCAGUUUGGUUGUGCAAAAGAUGGAAGCUCCGGCAAGAAGUGAGUGGAAGGGACCGGUGCAGACCCGAAAAAGGAUGCUUGAGGCGGUCGGAGUGCCAUGAGAUCACAGAAUCAGAAUGACUGCGUUCCCAGACCCCUUAAAUAUCGUCCAUGAGAGGGAACGACAGAACUACUGAUGGAGAAAGAUGCAAUCACCUGUACUCAACACAAAAGAGAUGCAGACUUUACUAAAGUAUGCAUAGGCUAAAAAGCAUACUUUCAGAAAGCAUUUUAUGUGUUUUGUAAAGUUUAAAAAAUGAGAAAAGUGUUGGAAUAUUUAUGCAUUAAUUUAUUUAAUUUAUUUAUGCUUUUUUAAACUAGAUAACCCCUUACAAAAACGUACUGCGAUGGUACCACGGUAAAGUGGUGGUAUCUAAUAAAAAAAAAAAAUAAUGAAAUAAAUAAAUAAAAUAAUAUUAGUAAAAUCAUCAUGAAAAAAAAAAAUCUUUUAAAAAUUCACAAAAAAAGACGUUGACAAUCUGCCUGGACUGCUUAUAAGGCUUACGAAUGUUAAAAGUUGGUGUGCAAGUAUUUUUUUGUUUUAACUUUUAUAAAUGUUUUUGUUAACUCAGUUUUAAAUUUAAGUGAAUACAUUUUUGCAUUAAAGUAAUAAUGUGUUUUCA